AUGUUCGACUUAAAGCGUCUUUUCAUUUCUGCCGCUCUUUUCCUCGGCCUCAGCAUGCUGCUGUUCUCCAGUGGCGCUGAGGCUACCAAGGGUCCCAAGAUCACCCACAAGGUGUACUUCGACAUCCAGCAUGGCGAGGAGAACCUCGGCCGUAUUGUCAUGGGUCUCUAUGGCAAGACUGUCCCUGAAACUACUGAAAACUUCCGUGCUCUUGCUACAGGGGAGAAGGGCUUCGGCUAUGAAGGCUCUACCUUUCACCGUGUGAUCAAGGACUUCAUGAUCCAGGGUGGUGACUUCACCCGUGGUGACGGCACCGGUGGCAAGUCCAUCUAUGGCGACAAGUUCAAGGACGAGAACUUCAAGCUUAAGCACACCAAGAAGGGUCUCUUGUCCAUGGCCAACGCCGGCAAGGACACCAACGGCUCCCAGUUCUUCAUCACCACCGUCGUUACCUCUUGGCUCGAUGGACGCCAUGUUGUCUUCGGAGAGGUCCUCGAGGGUUACGAGAUCGUCGACAAGAUCCAGAACGUCGAGAAGCUUCCCGGCGACAAGCCCAAGGAGACUGUCAAGAUCGCCAAGAGUGGCGAGCUCGAGGUCCCUCCCGAAGGUAUUCAUGUUGAGCUUUAA